AUGGAUCCCUCAUCAAGGCCCGAGGAGACUCCGCUUGAUGAACCAGCUGAUACACUAGCCGAUGUUCCUGACGACGCACAGUCAACUUCCAGCCAAGCCCAAGAUGAGCCUCGAGUAAUUGUCGAACAUCUUAUUUCAACGUCAAAUCAGCCUCAAACUCCACAAGAACUUCCAUCGCCAGGAGAUCUGCCAUCACCAGAAGAUCUGCCAUCACCAGAGAAUGUACCAACGCCGUCAUACACGUUUGACAUUCAGUCAGCUCUGGCAGCCGUGCCUCUUUCGCCUGUCGCAGAAGACGAAGAAGAAGAAGAUUUGUACACCGAUAACCGAGAAAGCUUCAAGACUGCCUCAAAAUCAGGCCGCCAAUCUUCCUCGCCAGAGAGAGAGCAUGUGGAAAAUUCAGAGGAGCCCCACGGUGUGGAACUGACCAAGGCAACCGAUGAUACGCGACUUGCACAACAAGACGUCAAAGCUGAGCACGUCCGUCAAAUACGAUAUGCUCCCUCCGGCGGGUCCUAUCAAGCUCGACUAGCGAAGCAAGGCGGGCCGAUACUCCCACAGUUGCCGCCCAGCUAUUACGAUGCUGCGAUGAGCCUGUCUAGGAUGAAAGAGAGCAAUCUGGAUCGGUUUGAUCCUAUCCGCCAGGCCAGGGUCUCUGAACUGCGAGAACUGAGACCCGUCGCACCAAUUCACAACGCCAGAGCGGCAGAGCGAGAGGAUGACAUUGUCGAAAGAGCAGACACUCCAGCACCUUAUGCAAGCCCCCCGAAAAGGACCCUUUUUGGGUCUAUCCUUGACUGGACAAAGUCACUUGUCAAAGAGAACGUCGACGGCAAAGGAAGAUGGCUCUGUUCUGUUUGCACAGCAUUCUUGAAUACGAUGAACCCUCACGAUCGAGACAGGCGAGUCGUGGAGAGAAUGCAUCAGACGCUCGGGAUUUGGCCACCAUUCAAACGGGUGCCAAAGGUCACAGUGGCUACGCGAAUAUGCGCAAGAUGCCAUCAAAGCACCAAUUGCGUACUAUUUGCCUAUUACGAAGCUGAUUAA